GUUCUGGGGUGGUACAGCUGCAGCAAUGGGAAACAGUGCCUCUUUGUCUGGUUUUGACCAGUACCACACAUGAUCUGAGCUGGUACACUGAGCUUCUACUGCUCUGUGUCUUAUAGCCUGCAAACAGUCCUUGUCACAGGGUCUUUCCCCAGCGGUCAAGUACUUUUGCUAACUGCACUCAGACCUGGACUCCCAUGGACGUGUUGGAGGUUCCUGCAGACAGGCCACGGAGCUGGUACCUGUCACUAAUGGCCCCCAAUAGCAAGGGGCCUGGAAAUCCCUGGCUGGACCCCUCCCGGCUCUACUGCAACCACCAGGCUCUGUCUGACUGCAUAGCUGACAUACUUCAGCCCUUCCAGAAUGAGUCCAUUGACCUGGUGGCCGGCAUUGACGCCAUGGGAUUCAUCUUAGGAGCGGCUGUAGCCACUAAGCUGGGCAAGGGUUUCCUGGCCAUCCGUAAGGCGGGACACCUGUGUGUGUCAACAUGGGAACAGGCCUACGUCGACUAUUCUGGCCACCGAAAGGUCAUGGAAGUGCGCCAGGACGUGCUCAGACCAGGUCUACGUGUGCUUCUCGUGGAUCAGUGGAUAGAGACAGGAGGCACCAUGAAGGCAGCCAUUGCCCUUGUGGAGAAGUUUGGUGCCAUUGUUGUCGGUGUGGCUGUAGUCGCCAUUGAGAACACCGAAGGAGGCCGUUGGAUCAAGAAGAACUACAAGUGCUCCCACUGCAUUCCAGAGGAGUUACAGCCUCAGAUUGACAACAAGUACCUGAACUCCUUCAAGAGUUUCAGUAACCCGUCUCAAUGACCACCCAGAGACGACUCCUACCAGCUUUGGGAAGAGCUUUAAGAAACAUUCAUUCACAUCCUCCAGCUUUUUAGUGAUCCUGACAUCUGGGGCUCCUGCAUAACAAGAAGAUGAGAGAGUUGCAUCACUUUCGCUGGUUGCAGGCAGGAGUAUCGGGGUCCCUAUUCUCUGGAGUUUCCCUUUCAAACUCGAAUUCACAACCUUCUGCAAUCUCACCCAAGUAUUCAGUUGCUGUGGCUGAAGAUGUGAACAUUGCACUAAUAUUGAUUUUUAAUUUUUUUUCCACCCAUAGAUUUAUCACUUUUGUCAUUAGAAACACAUUUGCAAUAUUUUGUUUGUGGUGACACGGAUACAGUUCUAGCUUGCUAAUGUUGCACUUGACUUAGCCGAUGUAAACGGACAUUAAACAUCAUCAGCCAGAAAUACUGGCAUUUCUACAUUCGAAAGAAAUUCAUUUUCGCCGGAGCUGUAUAGAACAUAUGUAAAGUUGUCACAUAUCAAAUCACUAACUGUGAAAAGCAAUACUCGAGUAAAACUGUUACUUAGAAGAAUACUCAAAUAUUCAUCCAAACAACAAAUCUACUUAAUAAAAGCAAAAAAAAAAAAAAAAAACUGUCAGGUCAAAAGAUACUCAAGCAUCAAAUUUUAACUCAUUAAAAAAAUCUGCAUAUAUUUUCAAUUAAAUAAAUUUAAAUAAAUUAAAUAAAUUAAAUUUGCUCUGCCAAUAAUGUUACAUAUUGUCAACUGCGCUCAUCUAAUAAAUACUAAAUAAAAGACCACAAUCUGUUAGCUGGGGGGGGGGUGCGGUG